AUUUGGACGAGUGCAACAGCACUAGCACCUUCACCUGUCCUACAAGCAGUACGUGCAGUAACACCCCUGGAAGCUAUAUCUGUUUGUGUAACGAAGGAUACAAGAUGAACAAAACUGUUUGUGAAGAUAUUGACGAGUGCAAGAGCACUGGCGCAUUCAGCUGUCCUACAAACAGUAACUGCAGUAACAAACAUGGCAGCUAUAUUUGUCUCUGCGAUGAAGGAUACACAAUGACCAAUAAUGUCUGUGAAGACAUUGACGAGUGUACCAGCACUGGUACAUUCACAUGCCCUGAAAACAGUAGCUGUAGUAACACAGUUGGGAGCUAUAUUUGUUUAUGUAACCAAGGAUACGAGAUGAGCAAUACAAUCUGUGAAG